CUGCUCCAGCUUCCCUGGGAGGGAGAGAGAGAGAGAGAAAAUCCUGCAGGGGGGGAUUAUUUCCGUCUCCCUUUCCUUGCUCUCUCAAACCCCGGCUCUCUCAUCAGCGAUGGAUGCAGUUAUUCUCCAGGAAAGGCUGGCAGAGCGACUGGUGUCACCCAGGACUCGCAGUGCCAAGCUGAAGGAGAAGCAGUAUGUGGGGUUCGCCACCCUUCCCAAUCAGGUCCACCGGAAAUCCGUCAAGAAAGGCUUCGACUUCACCCUCAUGGUGGCAGGAGAGUCCGGCCUGGGCAAGUCGACGCUGGUGAACAGCCUGUUCCUGACAGACCUCUACAAGGAAAGGAAGAUGCUGAAUGCAGAGGAGAGAAUCAACCAGACUGUGGAGAUCAUCAAGCACACGGUGGACAUCGAGGAGAAGGGGGUGAAGCUGAAGCUGACCAUCGUGGACACACCAGGGUUCGGAGACGCCGUCAACAAUACGGAAUGCUGGAAACCCAUCACAGAUUACAUUGACCAGCAGUUUGAGCAGUACUUCCGGGACGAGAGCGGGCUGAACCGCAAGAACAUCCAGGACAACCGUGUGCACUGCUGCCUGUACUUCAUCCCUCCCUUCGGACACGGGUUGCGGCCGGUGGACGUGGAGUUCAUGAAGGCUCUUCACGAGAAGGUGAAUGUGGUGCCACUCAUCUCCAAGGCAGACUGCCUCACUCCCGGAGAGAUGAAGAAACUCAAAGACAGGGUAAAGGAGGAGAUUGAAAAAUUGGGAAUUAAAGUCUAUCAGUUUCCAGACUGUGACUCGGAUGAAGACGAGGAAUUCAAACAGCAGGACAAAGAACUGAAGGAAAGCACUCCGUUCGCAGUGAUCGGGAGCAACACGGUGGUGGAUGUGAAAGGUCAAAGGGUACGUGGCCGGCUGUACCCCUGGGGUAUCGUAGAAGUUGAGAACCAGUCGCACUGUGACUUCGUGAAGCUGAGGAACAUGCUGAUCCAGACACACAUGCACGACCUGAAGGAUGUGACCUGCGAUGUGCACUAUGAGAACUACAGAGCGCAGUGCAUCCAGCACAUGACCAGUAAACUGACUCAGGACAACAGGAUAGAAAGCCCGCUCCCGAUCCUCCCGCUGGCCACCCCCGACGUGGAGACAGAGAAGCUGAUCAAGAUGAAGGACGAGGAGCUGAAACGGAUGCAGGAGAUGCUGCAGAAAAUGCAACAACAGAUGCACGACCAGGAGCAGUGAGCAAGCAUGCGCUGGAGCCCAGCGAGGGGAACGAAGACGCAUUUCCACCUGCAGAAUCUGACAAUUAAAAAAAAAAAAAAAAGAAGAAA